GCGGGGCGCGGUCCUGGGCAUGAGGCUGGGCGAGCUGCAACAAAUCGUGUGGGACAAAGCCGGAUGGCAGCAUCUUCGUGUCCGAGGGCAGCAUGGUGAACCUGAGGCUGUACGGACAGAGGCUGGGCUCCAUCUCCAGCAACCUGAUCUCCUUCACCGAGGUGGACAACGCCGAGACCAUCCACAACUCCACCAACUGCCCUGAGCUCACCAAGGACCUGGUCGUCCAGCAGCUGAUCAAUGUGAGCCGCGGGGACACGUCCGGGAUACUGGUGGUGCUCACUAAGUUCCUCCGGAGGAGCGAGAACAAGAAGCUAUAUGCACUGUGCACCCGGGCCGGGGUGGACGGGCCCUGGCAGAGGUGGGCGGAGAAGGACUCGCUUCUCUUCAUGGUGGAGGAUAAGAAGUUUCUGCCCCUCUGGCUGCAUAUCCUCCUCGUUAUGGUGCUGCUAGUGCUGUCAGGCAUAUUUUCUGGCCUCAACCUGGGGCUCAUGGCCCUGGACCCUGUGGAGCUGCGCAUCGUGCAGAACUGUGGCACUCAGAAGGAGAGGCGCUACGCCCGCAAGAUCGAGCCCAUCCGACGCAAGGGCAACUACUUGCUCUGCUCCCUGCUCCUGGGAAACGUGCUGGUCAACACCUCCCUCACCAUCCUUCUAGACAACCUUAUCGGGUCUGGAAUCAUGGCCGUGGCCUCCUCCACCAUUAACAUUGUCAUCUUUGGGGAGAUCGUGCCUCAGGCCCUGUGCUCCCGACACGGGCUGGCUGUGGGUGCCAACACCAUCAUUCUCACCAAAUUAUUUAUGCUGCUCACCUUCCCUCUCAGUUUUCCCAUCAGCAAGCUCCUGGACUUUUUCCUGGGCCAGGAGAUUCGCACCGUUUACAAUCGGGAGAAGCUGAUGGAGAUGUUGAAGGUGACGGAGCCCUAUAAUGACCUCGUGAAAGAGGAGCUGAACAUGAUCCAGGGCGCCCUGGAACUCCGGACCAAAACCGUGGAGGAUAUCAUGACCCAGCUGCAGGACUGCUUCAUGAUCCGCAGCGAUGCCAUCCUGGAUUUCAACACCAUGUCGGAGAUUAUGGAGAGCGGCUAUACCCGCAUCCCCGUGUAUGAGGAUGAGCAGUCCAAUAUUGUAGAUAUUCUGUACGUCAAAGACUUGGCCUUCGUGGACCCGGAUGACUGCACCCCCCUCAAGACCAUCACCCGCUUCUACAACCACCCAGUGCACUUCGUCUUCCACGACACCAAGCUGGAUGCCAUGCUGGAGGAGUUCAAGAAGGGGAAGUCCCACCUGGCCAUCGUGCAGAAGGUGAACAACGAGGGCGAAGGUGACCCCUUCUAUGAGGUGUUGGGCCUGGUCACCCUAGAGGACGUCAUCGAGGAGAUCAUCAAGUCCGAGAUCCUGGAUGAGUCUGACAUGUACACUGACAACCGAAGUCGGAAACGGGUAUCUGAGAAAAACAAACGUGAUUUCUCAGCCUUCAAGGAUGCUGACAAUGAGCUCAAGGUGAAAAUUUCACCUCAGCUACUUCUGGCUGCUCAUCGCUUCCUGGCCACAGAAGUCCCCCAGUUUAGCCCCUCUCUGAUAUCAGAGAAGAUCCUGCUGCGGCUACUCAAGUACCCAGACGUCAUUCAGGAGCUCAAGUUUGAUGAGCACAACAAGUACUACGUGCGCCACUACCUGUACACCCGGAACAAGCCGGCCGACUACUUCAUCCUCAUCCUGCAGGGGAAGGUGGAGGUGGAGGCCGGGAAGGAGAACAUGAAGUUUGAGACGGGCGCCUUCUCCUACUACGGGACCAUGGCCCUGUCCGCGUCCCCCUCUGUGCCUUCAACCCAGGUCGGGUGUCCGCCUGGCAAGCGGAACUCCCUGCUCUCCUGGCUCUCAGACCGCUCCCCGUCGCACCCGACGACCCUCAGCCGCUCGGCCUCCCUCAGCUACCCGGACCGCUCGGACUCGGCCAGUACAGCCCCCCUGGCGGGCAGCAGCAACCAGUUUGGCAGCUCCAUCCUGGGCCAGUACAUCUCCGACUUCAGCGUCCGGGCGCUCAUGGACCUCCAGUACAUUAAAAUCACCCGGCAACAGUACCAGAAUGGGUUGCUGGCCUCCCGCAUGGAGAACUGCCCUCAGUUCCCCCCAGAUGGGUGCACCAUCUGCACCGAGAACUUGACUGACAAGUCCGAGCUGCCCGUGGUGGAUGAGACCACGACGCUCCUGAAUGAGCGCAACUCCUUGCUGCACAGAGCUUCGCACGAGAGCGCCAUCUGACAGGAGGGCCUGGGGUCCCCCGCCAGCCCCGCGGGGGCCUCCCCGGUGGGCCCACACGAAGACAAGGAGCCUGUUAGGCUGCAAGGGGUACAGAUAGCCUGUCUGACUGAGCAGCCAGAUGGCCCCCAGCCCGAGGGGCAUCUGGACUCCGACAGGCACCUCUGAACAGCUCCGGGGCAGCGGCUGCCCAGCCCUGGACAAGUGGGACAGCGGGCUGGUGACCAGGUGCUCCUCUUUUUAAAUAUACGGGGAAGGGAAGACAGGGUUAAGGAACUUUAUUUAAAAACAAUGUUUUUUCCCAGAAAAACGUUAAAAGGGGUAGGAUUUCUCACCCCGGGAAGCGAUAGCCAUAAUCUGCUCCCAGCUGUGACCUUCUGGCUAUGUCCCUGACUCAGGGAGCCUACUCUUUCUCCGCCUCCCCCGGAGAUGGAGUCCCAGAGGCCUGCAGGAGAAAGGUUUUCUCUUGGGAGGGAAGACAGUUCUUCCCAGGAAGCAAAGAACCAAAUAGUGCAGAGAACAGUUGCCCGGACACGUGCACUCAGGCUCGUCUGUCAUCGCUGAGGCCAAGGGAUCCUGGGGAGCUGUGAUCAGGGAUGUGAUAUGCCCAACUGUGGAGAGGAGCACCCUCCUCCAGUCGUUCGCUGGACCCAGGAAUUUCCUAGAACUCUGCGGAUGGGCUCUCCUGGUGAGUUGGGCUGGGCUGAGGACUCUCACGCUGUCCUGUUGGUUUGCCUCAUAUUCGCCCCUUUGGACUCUCCCCUUGUAACAGGGCUGACUCCAAGUGUUAAGCAGGGCCUUGCACCUUUAAGACUGCUAACCCCUGCUCCCCAGGCCCUGCCCUCACCUUCACCAAAGGUUUUCCCCAGGUGGGGAGGGCAUCUGCGUUAGAGGGCACUUGUCUGGGGUACUCUUCCGGGGGAACGUGGUCCUGGGCACUGAUGCUGUUAGCAGUACUAGUCCCCCUUCUCACCCAACAAUGAAAGUCAAGUCUCAGUCACUGACCCAGGAAGCUCUUCCUUCCAUACGCUCUGCUUCUAAUCCCCAAACCCCAAUGCCUCCUGGGGAUGGAGGGCCAGGGGACAUAUAGGAAGUCUACCUAAGCAGGUUCUUCAUGCCCUUUCCUCUGUGGCUGAGGCUUACCUGGCCGUGUUCACACACUUACAGAACCCAGGAAAGGAGUUUCCCAUCUGAAAGGCACACAGCUGGCAGCCCUGUCUCCCCCACGUGUGUAAUCCUAGUGUGAGAUGUCAUCCUGGCCUUGGCUGAAGCUCAUGGUACUGGACCCUGAGAGCCCCACCCCACAAGCAGUCCCACCCCAGCACCUUUCCCCUGGGGCCGACCGGGCCCUGCUGCAGAGCUGCAGGCUUCCCACCAUCAGGGAGGCUAUGGGACCAUGGUCCACGUUGGCCCUUUUGUCAGGAGAAGCAGUUGCUGGGGCCCAAAAUCAGGCAAGGGAGACUCUGCAGGCCUUCCUGAGUAUUAUUUAUUCACUCCUUUCCUCAACCAAGUGCUCUGUUUGGGACCAGGAAAUGUCUUGCACCAAGUAUGGUGGCCCCUGGUCAGUUUAAAGUCCUCCCCAGUCACAGAACUAAUUCCUUCAAGUCUGGAGAGAAGAUGGUGACAUCCAUGGGUUCUCAGCCAUAAGGUAAAAAAGACACCAGACCUUUGUCCCCUGUUGGGGGAAACCCCUUAGCUGUCUACAGGAUCUGCUUGCUCUCCGAAUCUACAAGGGGGCUCGCACAACUGUGUUCCUGCACCUGACCUGAGUGCCAGGUGGGGUGAAGCCACGACCCGAACCCAGUGAGUGUGUGUGAAGUCAAAGCAGCAGGUGCACACACUUCCACAGCUACCUCUUUGCACACACAGUUCCUAUCAGCAGGUGGUCCCUCCUCCCGUCCCCUCCCCUUCCCUUUUUAUAAUCACUUCUCGCAGAGGGUCAUGAUUAUUUCCAAAUAUUACUGGUCCGAUGACUUCCUCCUCCCAGUGCAAUUUUUCAUUUCCUAUUCCAACCUCUAGUUCCUGGGCUGAGCCGUACCCUGGAACUGGCCCAGCCCUGCGCAUCUUCCCAUGGAAGGGAGAACUUCGCAAAUGGCCUGAGAAUGGGUAGGCAAGUCACAGCCACCAUAGCAAAUAAUUCAUAUUUAUUUUGCAUAAGAUUUUAAUUUGUAUAUUUUUGUGAUUUAUUUUGGCAUUGUUAUGAGUUUGACUCUCGGGGAGUUUUGUUGUUAUGACUCUUGUGUCUUUUGUCACAAAAUAAUGAUAAUAUUUGCUAAACAAUAUAUGGAAUUUAUUUUUGAUUGGUAAUAAAAGUGAAAUAUGUAUAAAUCUU